GCUAUGUCCGACCGCCACGAAAAGUACUGCCAAGACUUUCGUGAAGGAGGGCAAGCCUGCACCUGCGAGUGCUUCACCCCACCCUCCAACCCCAAUGCUCCUUACUACUGCCGAGAAUGCCAGCACGGGUUUAGCAAACAUCCCGAGGCACUAAAUUCCACU